GGAAUAGAAUAAAGCAAAGAACAAAAGAAUCCAGUGCAACAAAAACUUUCCCCUUUGGCCUUUGCCUUUAUCUUCACUGUCACUAACAAGUAACAACAGAAGCAAAGAAGGAAUGGGGUGCUGCUUCCAUGGCUCCACAACUAUGCCACCCAUGGAAAAGAACUCCAUGACAACCAUACCUGCAAGUGUUGAAGAAUUCUCAGGACCCAAAAGUCUCAAACAAGAAGUUCUGAUACACAUACCAGGAUGCAAAGUUCAUCUGAUGGAUGCAGGGGAAGCUCUUGAACUGGCUCAAGGUCAGUUCAUGAUCAUCAAAACCUUGGAUGAGAAUGUGUCUCUAGCUACAAUCAUAAAAGUAGGAGAUGAUCUUCAGUGGCGCUUGACAAAAGAUGAGCCAGUAGUGAAGCUUGACCCUCUCCAUUACCUGUUCUCCUUGCCUGUGAAAGAUGGUGAGCCUCUUAGCUAUGGAGUUACCUUUUCAGAAAAUGGUUUUGGAAGUUUGAGUUUUCUGGAUUCGUUUCUGAAGGAGCAAUGUUGCUUUUCUGGGUUGAAUUUAAGUAAGAAGAAUAAUCUUGAUUGGAAGGAGUUUGCUCCGAGGGUUGAAGAUUACAAUCAUUUUCUGGCCAAAGCAAUUGCAGGAGGAACUGGUCAGAUUGUGAAGGGUAUCUUCAUCUGCAGCAAUGCUUACACCAACAAGGUCCAGAAAGGAGGAGAAACGAUCCUAAAUAGUUCUGCAGAUGAGAAAAAUGGCGUUGUGGCCAGAGACAGUAUGAGCAACAAGACGGCCAGUGCCUCAAAGAAGAACAAGAUUAAUAAGAACCUCAAACGUGUGAGAAAGCUGUCCAAGAUGACAGAAAAAUUGAGCAAAUCUUUGCUUAAUGGUGUUGGCAUAGUUAGUGGUUCAGUGAUGGCCCCAGUGGUUAAAUCCAAACCAGGAAAGGCAUUCCUGAGAAUGCUUCCUGGAGAGGUGUUGUUGGCUUCCUUUGAUGCAGUUAACAAGGUUCUUGAUGCAGCUGAAGCUGCUGAAAAACAAACUCUUUCUGCCACCUCCCAGGCUACAUCCAGAAUGGUCUCUAACAGGUUUGGGGAAAAUGCUGGGGAAGCUACUGAGCAUGUCUUUGCAACUGCGGGACAUGCUGCUAACACUGCUUGGAAUGUCUUUAAGAUACGAAAGGCUAUCACUCCAGCUUCUUCAGCAACCGGUGGAAUACUGAAAAGUGCUGCAAAAAAUAGAAGUUUUAAAUAAUAAAAUCCAAUCAAAUUGCCUUGUACUUGGUAUUUAGUACUCCUGGUUAGUGGUUACAUUCAUUUCAAGCUCUCACUUUAAGAGUUGGUAAGCCCUGAGCUGCUCUGAUUAUAGAAAUAGUAAUUGGACAAAGUUGCAAGUCAAAUUAAAGAUGUCACAUGGAAAUCAGCUCAUGUCAAA